AUGACAGCGAUCAGUCCAAAUCUCGAUAUACAGUUUAUUUCGGAAUUUGGAACGAGCAUCAUCCUCAAUGCGGUCAAUCUUUUGAUUGGGGGCAUCCUCUACGGGAUAUACAUAGUUUUGUUUUGCGCUGCUGCUGCUGUUCUGUGCCGCCGAGAAGGUAACGUAAAAGCAAGAGCUGCGUUACUGGUGGCCAUUGUCACGAUGUUUAUCAUGUCGUCUUUUGAUUUCUGGAGCAACGUGACUAUAUUCUUUGCGAGCAUCCAAGAUAUCUUUGUUGGAAAUGUCGGACAGCCUUUUGAGCACAAGCGAGUGGUAUUCUCGAGGCGGUUCAACAAUCUGGACUCCGUCAAGCAAGUUAUACUUCCUCUCGAGAUCGUGGUAGGAGAUUCAAUCGUUAUCUGGAGGGCUUGGGCUCUCUCUGGUGGAAACCGAAAAAUCGUCGUUAUUCCCUUGCUACUUCUGAUUGGUUCGGCCGGAUGCUCAUUUGCAUUCUUGGGUUGCUUUGCCCAGAAUGACUGGCCCAUCGUCAACCCAGAUACGUGCAACUCGAUUGAAAUUUCGGCGUUCAGCUUGUCAAUCGCGACGAACACCUCGGCGACAAUUAUUAUCGGCUAUAAAUUCUGGCGUUAUCGCCAGGCAGUUGGAAGGUUUCUUAGUACAUGCUAUGCCAAUCGUCAACCUCGGGUUGGUAAAAUUCUUAUUCUCCUUCUUGAAUCCGGUAUCAUUUAUUCCGUUCUAUGGAUCGUCCAACUCGUCGAAAUACUUCUGCCUCCCCCGCCAACCUUUCCUGGACAAGUGGUUCAACAAAUUUUCAUCGCUGCUAGUGUCCAGCUUAUGGGCAUCUAUCCGGCGUUGCUGAUCGUACUCGUUUAUCUUCAACGUACAAUGUGGGAUUCGUACGGAAUAUCGACGUUGGAAGCCGAUUUGGAGCGUGGUGGAAGCCGCAGCACUCUGGAAGUUGGAAAGGUGGUGUGGGCCAACCAUUGA